UACGUCACAGCAGCACGGGAUCAUGCGAGAUUUGCGACAACGCAACCAUUGCGGAAGCAUCACGGGACAUUUAAACUUAGCGGCAACCAAAGAUGGAAAAAAGUAAGGAAUACUUGCCAGUUCGAUACAGAGACAAACUUGUUACCACGGCGAAGGACAGAUAUGUGAGCAAUUUUAAGGAUGUGAACAAUGUUGACCCUCACGAGCAAGCCGAACACAAAUGGAAUAAAGAUGUCGACAAGCUUCCACCACUACGCGAAAUGGACAUCAUGCUGUAUUUAGUGUUUGGUAUAUGUUACUACACUCAUCAGCAAUUCCGAAACUACAAAUCGCUACAAAGCUACGAACAGUUUUGCUGGGGAUGGGUGCAGGAUCUUCACUUUAUGACCAUAGCAAACGGCAACACAUCUUUCUAGCAAAGCAGAAAAAAAGAGACCGUUACGCGACUGGAGACAAAACAGAGGACGAGACUCCGGCGUCACAACGUUGAAAUCACCCUCGCCUUCACCUCCUCCUCCCACUCCUCACUGACUCUGCUGUGCACACCUGUCAUCAAUCACCACACCUGCCUUCACUUCACAAUCAACAGCCUGCCACUACAAAAGACUGGUCUGCAUGUCAUUCAACGCCAGAGCUUCACCUAACCUCACAUGCAACUCCAAGCCAUCUCAGCCUUCCAACUCUGCAGUGCCUCCACCUCUCGUCAUUCCUUUUUAUUUUUUGUUUAUUAAACACGCCCUCGGGCUCCUCGUCACCUCUGCCUCCUCAUUGCUGCGCUUUUGGGUCGAAUAUUCCAGCCACCAUAACAUCCAGGAGACCAAGGCCUCUGUCCCCUCUAUUCAAGCCCACCUUCGGCGUUGCCAACGAGUGUGGAGGGAAGUCCGCUCUGCCUUACUGCGUGCCAACAUUCGCUCCUGCCGUGGGGCCAAUCGCCACCGUACCCCUGCCCCGUUGUAUCAGGCUGGGCAACGGGUUUACCUUUCCUCUGCUGACCUACCGCCACAAGUGUCAUCCAAGAAGCUAGCUCCAAGGUAUGUUGGUCCCUUCCCGAUUGACAGUGUUCUGAGUCCCACAGCUGUUCGUCUGAAGCUUCCUGCCGCCAUGAAGCAAGUGCAUCCCGUGUUUCACGUCUCAAAAAUCAAGCCUGUCUCUUCGAGCCCUCUCAUGCCCUCUGCCCCAGCUCCGCCGCCGCCUCAGUUUGUUGACGGACAUCCCCAAUGGAAGGUCCGGCGUCUGCUGAAGGUCCGGCGCUGUGGUCGGGGUUUUCAAUACCUGGCAGACUGGGAAGGUUACGGCCCAGAGGAACGCUGCUGGAUCUCAAAGCGGCUCAUCAUGUGUCCCUCUCUCCUUCGAGAUUUCUACGAGGCCAAUCCUGAGGCCCCUGGUCGGCCGCCUGGGGGCGCCCCUCGGGGAGGGGGUACUGUUAUGGCUCACUCAGCCUCGCCUUCACCUCCUCCUCCCACUCCUCACUGACUCUGCUGUGCACACCUGUCAUCAAUCACCACACCUGCCUUCACCUCACAAACAACAGCCUGCCACUACAAAAGACUGGUCUGCACGUCAUUCAACGCCAGAGCUUCGCCUAACCUCACAUGCAACUCCAAGCCAUCUCAGCCUUCCAACUCUGCAGUGCCUCCACCUCUCGUCAUUCCUUUUUAUUUUUUGUUUAUUAAACAUGCCCUCGGGCUCCUCA